AUGCUCUCCAAAGAAGAAUAUAAUAAAACAGUAUGGCAACUUGAACAUAUUUCUCGUGAAAUUACUGGGAGGUACAGAAAAAAUUUUCGUUCGACUCUCAAACGAAAAAUUCAUGAACAUGAUUUAUCAUCAACAUAUCCACCAUUUGAACCUUUACCAUACAUUCCAUAUUUUGUUAAUCGAACAACACCUGAACAAACGUUACAUCAACUUAUUGAAGCUGCAACGACAACAAUUGAAUUUACUCUUGAUACUGAAUCAGUUAAUAUAUACAGAACAGCAAACAAACCAGUCCUUAUACAAUUACAGAUCUUAUUACCACACAACUUAUCACUUGUUAAUGUUAUUGAAAUGUGCCAUUUACCCCCUGAAAAUCAUAUUCGUUUUAAAUUACUCAAACAAUUGUUUCAAAUAGUCUUCUCGGAAGAAAAACAAGUUUAUAUAUGGGGAAGUACAGCUGAAUUACUUUCAUUUAUUACAUUUAAAUUAUUUUCAUAUGAACAAAUUGAUGGAAUAAAUUUAAUUAAUUUACAGGAUCAAUUUAAAACAUAUUGGAAUCAACAACACAUUCAUAAAUCAAAUGAAGAAAAUGAUAUUUGUAUUUGUGAAAGUUGUUUAGGAAAACAACCAUCAGAAACUUGGUCUCUCCAAGAUUCGGUAGCACUGGAACUACAUGAAUAUCUUUCAAAAGUAUUAACAAAUCAAAGUUUUGAUAUUGGUCUUGAUCCAAAUCUUCAUCACAUGAGUUCCAGUGAAAAAAAUCAUCGACAACGACUUACCACAUAUGCUUUACACGAUUGUCUUUCGAUGCACAAAAUUAUCAUUAAUAUGAAAAAUAAAAAUUUUCAAUUUAGCUUUGAAAUCACAAAAAAGAUUCCAUAUGAUUUAAUGGAAUCGAUUUCUUCAAGUGAUGAUGAAAUAAUGUUUUCACAACUUACACCAUCUAUUGAACGUCUGGAAAAUGAUCAAACAUUAAAUAUAAAUGAACAAGAACAAUUAACCUCAACAUCUACAUGUGGAAAUCCAAAUUGGAAAAUUACCUCCACCAAUGACAAACAAUUAACCAGUCAAUAA